AGAUAAGGAGCAACUGCAAAUGGGAGAAGGAAGCAUUGCUUUUCCUGCCGCACAACUGAAGCUGAGAGCCUUUCCUCUAACCAACUGCAGGUCGGUCUCUUCCCUUUUCAAUUAUACAUGAUAGUAACUUCCUGUCCCCACUAACAGGUGCUCAUAACAACUUUAUUUCAAGCUAAUAUUCAGUAGGUGACACUUUUCUCAAGCUUCAGGCUGGGGGAGGGGGGGGGGAAGCUUCACUUCCUGAAUUUCUUCUUCCUUUGCAACCCUGAAAGGCCUAGAAACGUUUCCAGAAAAAGUUCAGAACCUUAAAAGGUACAAGAUCGACCCCAGUCUCAUAUUUCUUCCCAUUUAUUACUCAGAAGGAGAUAAGAAUUUAGCACUUAGUAAAAACACAGCAUCAAAAAGAUUGGUGUCCAUCAACUACAAAACAUCUAGUGACAUUUGAUGGGAACAGUUUGUUCCCAGAAAACAAGCCUGUGAAUUAGACCUUGGAACAGUUAGGCUGGUGGGCCAAAAUGCCUCUAUCUUCUGUUUUAAUUAAGAGAGGAGAAAACACUUUUAAGCUCUUACACCGACGGCAUCUAACACCACAAACAUGUAAUCACAUGAAUUUGUCUUCAUCUGCACUUUCUUGGAGGGGUUUUAGUGUUGUUGGCCCCUGUUUCAUCUGUGGUGCCCCUGUGAGAAAAUAAGGCAUUUCUGCUUCAAUAAAUUAGUCUCAUUACUUGACAUAGCAGUUUCAUGUGUUGUGCAACUGGCUCUGUUUCUCAUGAACAUUGAAAGAACUUGCAACCUAAGAAACUAACCUCAUUCCAUCUUGUGCUGGGCUUGCAGCUUUUAACAUGGAUUUGGAAGAAAUUGGAUCAGUUGCAACAGAAAAUAUGGACCAUUGUGUCCUACUUGAGCAAACUGGGUAAUUUGUUAUUGAUGAGGGGUUUUUGUAAGAUGUAUUUUCUGAAACUCAGUAAAACUUCCUUAUUAUUUUUGAAGAGGAAAUCAGUUAUGACCUGCGAGGUGCUAACGCUGAGCUCUCUUUAUUUCUGAGUUGAUCCAGUGAUUGCAGGGUUCACUAGUUAAUAAGUCACUGCCAGUCAACAGAGCAAGGAGUCCCUCCCAUUUGUUUCCAGCAUCUGGUAUUCUGAAAUAGGCUUUGUCUUGUGUUGCGAAGUCACAUCGCCUGGGCUAGUGACAUGGAGAGGUCAUAGUGCUACGAACACAGCAGUUUGACUCGAUCCCUGGAGACAUAUUCCACACAAAUGGAUGCCAACAAUAAUAGUUAGUUAAUUACGUCAUUUUGCAACAGCAGAAAGUUAGACAAAUAACAUAAUAUUUGAUGGAAGAUGACCUUGCACCUGAACAGAAACAGUACUGAAUGUGAAAAGUACAGAACAGGAAAUAAAGUUAUGCCUUCUUACAUCCCUACAUGCAAAUCAUUAGGGAUGUAAGCUCUGAUCAGCUUGUUAGGGUGUGUUGGCAACAUUUGCACUCGAUACUCUAGUCUAUAUAAUAAAAAUACCUUUAUUGUCAUUGUACAACCUGUGUACAAUGAAAUUAAACAAGCCCCUCCCCCCCCAAACACUCAGUCUCGUUGCACUCUGUGUGCUUAUUGAACAACACACCACCUUGCAAGUCAUUUUCGUUAUGUUAUUUUCCGUUCAACAGCCUAACAGCCCAUGGAUAAAAGCUAGUUUUUAGACCAGGGGUCAGCAACCUUUUUCACCCGUGGGCCGGUCCACUGUCCCUCAGACCUUGUGGGGGGCCGGACUAUAUUUUGAAAAAAAAAAUGAACAAAUUCCUAUGCCCCCAAAAUAACCCAGAGAUGCAUUUUAAAUAAAAGCAUACAUUCUACUCACGUAAAAACACUAGACAGGCCCCACAAAUAACCCAGAGAUGCAUUUUAAAUAAAAGGACACAUUCUACUCAUUCUGAGUCCCGGACCGUCCGCGGGCUGGAUUGAGAAGGCGAUUGGGCUGCAUCCAGCCCACGUACCUUAGGUUGCCUACCCCUGUUUUAGCCUGUUGGUACAACUGAUUAUACUUCUAUAAUCAGGGGUGAUGGCUGGGGUGUGAGUCAUCCCUGAGAAUUUUUCUUGCUCUCCUAAGGCAACGAUCCCUUGUGAUGUCAUCUAGUGGACUCAAGGGACAGCCCAUGAAAUCAUGUGCUGUAUUCACCACCCUCUGUAGAGACUUUCUAUUCGUCUCUGUUCAUCUCUGGGUCCUUGUUCCCAUCCUAACCAUAAAUCUCUGAUCUCCUUUGAAAACUUAAUAAAAACCCAGCAUCAAAAACAUUGGUGUCCAUCAUCUGCAAAAUACUUAGUGAAACUCAGUUGGGAGAGUUUGAUCACACAAAACAAAUCGGGGAUCGGACUUUGAACAAUAUGUGGCGCAUUAAUGACAAAAUAAGGCAUAUGACCUGUUGCCUGCCAAUGUCAAUAUUUGAGCUAAUAUUUGAGCUAAUGCACAAUAUUUGAACUCAGUGUUGCUUAUGUAUAUAGAGGUGAAAGGUAAAGGACCCCUGGACGGUUAAGUCCAGUCAAAGGCGACUGUGGGCUUGUGGCGCUCAUCUCGUUUUCAGACCAAGGGAGCCGGCGUUUGUCACAGACAGUUUUGUGGGUCAUGUGGCCAGCAUGACUGAACCGCUACUGGCGCACGGAGGACCAUGAUGAGUGCCGGAGCACACAGAAACACCGUUUACCUUCCCGCCGCAGCAGUACCUAUUUAUCUACUUGCGCUGACAUGCUUUCGAACCACCAGGUUGGCAGGAACUGGGACCGAGCAACGGGAGCUCACCCCGUCACGGGGAUUUGAACCGCCGACGUUUUGAUCAGCAGGCCCAAGAGGCUCAGUGGUUUAAACCACAGCGCCACCCACUUCUUAUGUAUAUACAUGUGUAUAGGAUUGUCCUCUUCCACUUUAUUUAGUUGUUCAGAUAAUAAGCAGCUAGCUAGAGCUAUUAUUUAUACUUCUUUUAGCCUGCCUCUGCUCCAAGCAGCUCUUUGCUUCAUGCAAAAUUUCUCCUUCCCCUCAACAACACUGCGAGGAAGGCUAAAUAAAGCGGUGGAAACAUAAAAGGUCUUCCAGUGAACUUCUUGGUGGAGCAGGAAUUAGAAAUCUCCUCCCCCAAGUCCUGCCAGGGGCGUGUAUGCUUCCUAAUGCUUGAAUUCUUUUUUCCCUGCAGGUUUCAGCCAUGUGGCUCUACCUGGCUGCCCUGCUGGGGCUUUACUUCCUUCGCCGAUGGUACCAGGAGAGACAGACGGUGGAGAACCUGACGGAGAAAUAUGUCUUCAUCACGGGGUGUGACUCUGGCUUUGGAAACCUACUUGCCAGGCAGCUGGAUGCCCGGGGUCUGCGGGUGCUGGCAGCCUGUCUCACGCAGAAGGGGGCAGAGCAGCUGGGCAAGGCCACCUCAGAGCGCUUGAAAACCACCAUUCUGGAUGUGAGCAGCACAGAGAGUGUGGCGGCCGCGACAGAGUGGGUGAAAGGGUGCAUUGGAAGCAAAGGUGAAUCUCUACCUUCCUUGUGGUGCCUCUGUGCUAUUGGUGGGACCAGCACGGGAUUUACGUAUAGGCUAAACAAGCUAUAGCUUAGGGCCCCACUCUCUUGGGGGCCACAAAAAUAUAAAGGAAAACAACAACUGGAUGUACAUUUCCAAAAUAUAAGAUAAAAAACAAAUAAAAUAAAACCUACAUACAGCAACAGUGUUUUGGGUUGUGUAGGCUCCUAUGAUGUAAGUAACGGGCCCCGCCUGCUAGCCUGUUCUCUAAAAUAUCUCUGGUUUGCUCAUAUCUAUAUCAAUUACUUUGAUAAAAUACAUAUUUUGUUAUGUGCAAAUGGCUUUAGAUACCUAUUAGGUCCAUAAAUUACCAUAUAGCAUAUAUUCAAAGUCUCCUUCUUUGGAGGUCUUUAAGCAGAGGCUUGACAACCAUAUGUCAGGAGUGCUCUGAUGGUGUUUCCUGCUUGGCAGGGGGUUGGACUCGAUGGCCCUUGUGGUCUCUUCCAGCUCUAUGAUUCUAUGAUUCUAUUCAGCACAAAAAAACAGCUACUAUUUGUUGUUGACAAAGGACGGCAGGACAUAUAAAGGGCCCCAUUACCUUCAGUAGCUUAGGGCCAUAUCAAACCCAAAUCCAGCCCUGGGUGGGACCAGGGAUUAGAAUUGCCUCUCUGUAUUCAUUUGUAGGCCACGUUCCCACAAAAUUGUGCCCCAAGUGGCUCACAACAUGUGAAAUGAAGAAUAAGCAUAACAAUUCAGAAAAAAUAAUAAAAGGAAGAAUUCCAUAAGUAAACACAAACAAUCUAUGCAUGUGAUUAGCUUAUUUCCAACUUUAUUGAGCUCUGCUAAGGUUGCCUAAGAGGAUGAACAUGCCUUCUUUCUUCACACAGGGCUCUGGGGCUUGGUGAACAAUGCGGGCAUAGGGAUCCCAGCAGCUCCCAACGAAUGGCUGACCAAAGAUGACUUUGCAAAGGUGAUCAAUGUCAACCUUUUGGGGAUGAUUGAUGUGACGCUACACAUGGUGCCCCUGGUGAGGAGAGCCAGAGGGAGGGUGGUCAACGUGUGCAGUUCGAUGGGACGCCUGGCCUGCUUUGGAGGUGGUUACUGCCCAUCCAAGUUUGGUGCGGAAGCCUUCUCUGACAGCCUGAGGUAAAAACAAGCUCUGUAGUUUCUUCUUUUGCAACAUGCAACCACCAGAUGGGUCAUUCCAUAUCAAGUGAUCCAACUUUUUCACCCCAUGGCACCCAAUUAUCUUCAUAAUUUGUACACUUGUUGAUUGAACAAAACUAAGUUUAUAACUGAAUUUUUAAUUUUUUAUCUCAUCCCAUUUUUGAGUUAUGAGGGUUUGAAAUUUGAAAAAAUUGACAAUUUUGGCCUUGCCAGACUACACAAAAACCUUAAAAGCUCAGACCAGAAUUGAGAUACGUCAAAAGCGAAAACACCAAUCUCUUCAGAACUGCAUGGGAUUUAAUAUGAUGUAUGAUGGACUUAGUUUAACAUUAAAAUUUAAGUUAUAAAAUUAUUUUUUUAAAAAACAAUUUAAAAAUAUUUCCAUUUUUUUUUUCUUGGGAUCUCAGUGGGAUCACAUUUUAAAAUAAUAUUUGUACAUACAUGUCUGCCUUAUUGGGUUCUAAUUAGGAUAAAUGGGUCUUCUGUUAUAUUCUGGGAAAUAUAAUAGAUUAAACAAAAUUUCAAACUAUAUUAUCAGUUACUUCAGGCAUUUCUUUAGAAAGUCAUUCAAUUAAAAGGUGUCUGAAAAGCUAACCAGGCUUUUCUUUUAAACGUGUGUUACAAAGCUGAGUGAUAGCUUGCUAUUGCAUGAUAGAAUUAAUGCUUUGAAAGAAUUCUUGUUAGUACUUCAUUUCAUGAACAUUACAACAAAAUACAUAUCAAACAAAAUUAUGAAAAAAUUAGGGUUUUUGAAUUUGCAAGCCUGAGAUAGGAUGUGUGGCUCCCAGUCCACUUUUGCUGUCCAUGCUCUAGAUCAGGGGUCGGCAAGGUUUACCUAGCCUGGGUCGGUUCACUCAAGCAGAGAUCCCUGCGUGGGCUGGGUCACGAGUGUGUGAGUGCGUGCCCAUGAUUUCCAGCAUCUGCGCAGACGUGAUUUCUGGCACCGCGGGAGCGAGUGCCCGUGCCGCACGGAGCACGGGGACUCUCCGAGCGGGCGGCUCAGUUCGUGGCCGGCUCGUGGGCUGGUUAAACAACCCCCGUGGGCUGCUUGUGGCCCAUGGGCCUUAGGUUGCCGACCCUUGCUCUAGAUGGUUUUGUCUAGGUCCUAGGCCAGCCUACCUGGCGGUGUUGCUGGUGUCACUUAGGAGAAUACAAUGCAAUAUCUUUAUUGUCGUUGUCCCAUACAGAACAAUGAAAUUGAAAAUCUACAUUCAAAACCCCCUAAAAACUCUGAAACCCCAUUUUAAAAUACAAUAUACUCCUAUAAAGACUCCUUAUACUGCGUUUAAAACCAGAAUUGCAUUUGGGUAGAAACUGUUUCUCAGGCGGCUAGUCUGGUCUUUAUAACCCUAUACCUUCUUCCAGAAGGCAGAAGCUGAAAGAGAUCAUUUCCGGGGUGCGCACUAUCCUGCGCUAUCUCUGCAGCUUUCUUAUGGCACCUGACAGCAUAGAUUUGAUCUAAGGUGGGAAGACUGCACCCAAUUAUUCUCUCUGCAGUCUUUACAACCCUGGACAGCAUUGUUUUUUCCCUGGCCGUGCAGCUCCCAAACCACAUGCACAGACCAUAAGUUAAUACACUCUCCACAGUACAAUGGUAAAAUGCCAUCAACAGGUCCUUUGAGAGAUUGUUUUUCCGGAGGAUUCUCAGCAAAGGCCUUUGAGAAUAGAAGAGCCCAACGUCAUUUGUAGAAAAGUUGAUUAUGGUGUUUAAAAUGUGCAUAUUUCAGAUAUUUAUAUACCACUUAAUUAUCAAAGUGUCGACUUGCUGAAUUGAUGGCAUCAAGAUCAAAAGUCUGCGUGGCACCUUUUCCUGGUUGCAUGCCCUGUAAUCUUCUUCCUCACAAGCAGUGCUAUUUUUCUAGAAAAAGAGGUGCUCAAACUCACCAUGAACACCUUCCUCAUUCUCUCAGAAUGGCAAUGGCACCAGAGAGGUGCUGGAACUGAGUUCGCCCUGAAAUAAAGCCCUACAAACAAGGGAGUUUGGGAGAAACCCAUGGCUGCUACUUUUUAAUAUAUAUAUAAAGAGGGUCUGAGGAGGGAUGCGGGUGGCACUGUGGGUUAAACCACAGAGCCUAGGACUUGCCGAUCAGAAGGUCGGCGGUUCAAAUCCCCGCGACGGGGUGAGCUCCCAUUGCUUGGUCCCUGCUCCGACAACCUAGCAGUUUAAAAGCACGUCAAAGUGCAAGUAGAUAAAUAGGUACCGCUCCGGCGGGAAGGUAAACGGUGUUUCCGUGUGCUGCUCUGGUUCGCCAGAAGCAGUUUAGUCAGAAAUUGUGCAGAGAACAGAAAUUGUGUUCCGGCGGUGCGGCGGCAGCAGGAGGCCCCAUUAGCUAAAGUGGUGCUUCAGGUUAAGAACAGUUUCAGGUUAACAACAGACCUCCAGAACGAAUUAAGUACUUAACCUGAGGUACCACUGUACAACCAUUGCUGUGGUGUUUAGUUGCUGGGCAGAGCAGGGCCAGGCUCACGCAAGAGGGCAAAAGAUAGGGGACUACAUUUCUCUUCUUUUCUCUCUCCUCCCCCCCCCCCUUCUUUUCAAAAAGAAAGGUGUUCCUUUCCACGGAUCCAAAAACUUGACCUGCAAUAUUACUGUGGCUCAGUAACAAAUGAUAAUUCUUUACUUUUCUUCCCCAAUUCAGGAGAGAGCUCCAUCCUUUUGGAGUCCGAGUCAGCAUAAUUGAACCUGGUGGUUUCAAAACACCUAUUUGCACAAAACUAGUAGAGUAUUUUCAGACUGUAUGGAGCCGGGUACCUUCUGACAUCAGAGACACUUAUGGGCAGCAGUACUUUGAGCAAUGUGAGUAGAGAUGGGGGAGAAAGCCAGUUCGAUUUGCAUUUAAUGCAGUUGUAUCUCAUUUACACUUCAAGAAACAAUAAGCGAACUGACACACAGCUUUCCUUCUGAAUUUGCACUCGCCAAAAUUUCGCAAUGCAGUCUGGAAGCACCUGAAGGUUCUUUUCUUUGGCAUCCAAAAUAGUUCCAGAUGUUCCUCCUUUGAUUUAGCUAUCAUAGGGAGAAUGCUCAGAAGAUUAAAUUUGCCUCCUGUGUUGCUGCAGAUCCAACUGUUCAUUUGUUUGUUUCUCUCACACAGGUUGCAAAUCGUUCCAACAACUCCUUGAUGGUUGCAGCGACAAGCUUCACCCGGUCACCGACAGCAUAGAACAUGCCCUGACAUCCUGCUCCCCUCGCACUCGCUACUCUCCAGGCUGGGAUGCAAAGUUCUUCUACCUUCCUGUCUCUUACUUGCCAACCACCAUUGCAGACUAUGUGUUGACUCGCUCUGGGCCCAAACCAGCACAAGCCGUGUAGAUGACUGUGAAGAACAACAUUACAGAUGGCCAAACAAUCUAUGGAUGGAACAUUGAAUCUUUUAGGAUCUUAUUGAGAUGCAGGCUUAGUAAUCAGGAGCUGUAAAGAGAAGUGGUUUUAUUUUUCUUUGAUUCUCUACUAUUGGCUGAUCUAGGAAUAAGCCCCAUUGAACGCAGUGCAACUUACUGUAAGUCUGAGUGGACAUGCAUUGUAUCCUUAUACAGUGGUACCUCGGGUUAAGUACUUAAUUCGUUCCGGAGGUCCGUUUUUUGUUGUUGCUUUUUUUUUUUAAAAUGAAAAUAUUUAUUUUAUUUUUUUUAAAUGAUAUUUAUUAAGAUUUCAAAAAGAAGAAUUACAUACGUAAAGAACAGGAGAAAAAACAAAAAACACACACAAAAAAGACAAAAGUAAAAAUACAAGAAAAAUACAAAAUACAGAAAAAAAGAAUAAAAAACACUUAAAAAUACAUCAGUCUUUCCAUACCUUACAUUCAUUUCCUUACUUCCCUGACCUCCUCAUACCUCCCUUUUUUGUAUUCCAAUUCAGUUAGUUAAUUCAGCAAUUUCUUUCCCUCUUUAUUUUCUCUUAGUCCUUUAACUUAAUAUAUUAUAACUUUGGAUUUUCACCUGUUAACAGUCCAUUUUUACAUACGCCUUUAUAGCAUUGCUGCUUAAACCACUUAACUUCAUUCUAACAUCAUUCUAACAUUCAUUAAUUUUACAAUGUUUCUGUAGAUAGUCUUUAAAUUUCUUCCAGUCUUCUUCCACCGACUCUUCUCCCUGGUCUCGGAUUCUGCCAGUCAUUUCGGCCAGUUCCAUGUAGUCCAUCACCUUCAUCUGCCAUUCUUCCAGAGUGGGUAGGUCUUGUGUCUUCCAAUACUUUGCAAUAAGUAUUCUUGCUGCUGUUGUGGCAUACAUAAAGAAAGUUCUAUCCUUCUUUAGCACCAUUUGGCCGACCAUGCCCAGGAGAAAGGCCUCUGGUUUCCUCAGAAAGGUAUAUUUAAAUACCCUUUUCAUUUCAUUAUAAAUCAUCUCCCAGAAAGCCUUAAUCCUUGGGCACGUCCACCAAAGGUGAAAGAAUGUACCUUCAGUUUCCUUACAUUUCCAACAUUUAUUAUCGGGCAAAUGAUAGAUUUUUGCAAGCUUGACUGGGGUCAUGUACCACCUGUAUAUCAUUUUCAUAAUAUUCUCUCUUAAGGCAUUACAUGCCAUAAACUUCAUACCUGUGGUCCAUAACUGUUCCCAGUCAGCCAUCAUUAUGUUAUGUCCAACAUCUUGUGCCCAUUUAAUCAAAGCUGAUUUCACCAUUUCAUCCUGUGUAUUCCAUUUCAACAGCAAGUUAUACAUCUUUGACAGAUUCUUAGUUUUGGGUUCUAGCAGUUCUGUUUCUAAUUUUGAUUUUUCCACCUGGAAGCCAAUUUUCUUGUCCAAAUUAUAUGCCUCCAUUAUCUGAUAAUAAUGAAGCCAGUCUCACACUUUGUUUUUUAAUUUCUCAAAACUCUGCAGUUUCAGUCUAUCUCCAUCUUGUUCCAAAAUUUCCCAAUAUUUCGGCCAUUUGACCUCCAUAUUGAGCUUUUUCAGAGCUUUCGCUUCCAUCAGUGAUAGCCACCUUGGGGUUUUGUUUUCCAAUAGGUCCUUAUAUCUUAUCCAAACAUUGAACAAUGCUUUCCUAACAAUAUGGUUUUUAAAUACUUUAUGUGCUUUGACCUUAUCAUACCACAAAUAUGCAUGCCAUCCAAAUACAUUGUUAAAACCUUCUAAAUCCAAAAUGUCUGUGUUUUCAAGAAGCAGCCAUUCUUUCAACCAGCAAAAAGCUGCUGAUUCAUAAUAAAGUUUAAGGUCUGGCAGGGCAAAUCCACUUCUUUCCUUUGCAUCUGUUAGUAUUUUAAAUUUUAUUCUAGGCUUCUUGCCCUGCCAAACAAAUCUAGAAAUAUCUCUCUGCCACUUCUUGAAACAGUCCAUUUUGUCCACAAUUUGCAAUGUUUGAAACAAAAACAACAUUCUAGGCAAUGCAUUCAUUUUUAUCGCAGCAAUACGGCCCAGCAGUGAAAGCUUCAAAUUUGACCAAAUUUCUAAAUCUUUUUUCACUUCAGCCCAGCAUUUUUCAUAAUUGUCUUUAAAUAAAUUCCCAUUUUUUGCUGUCAUGUUAAUCCCCAGGUAUUUCACUUUCUUAACCACUGUUAAACCUGUCUCAUUCUGAAACCUCUCUCUCUCAAUCGGUGUUAAGUUUUUCUCUAAAACCUUGGUUUUUAACUUAUUCAGUUUAAAUCCUGCAACCUGACCAAAUUCUUGAAUCAGUUCUAAAACCCUUUUGGUACUAGAUUCUGGCUCCUGUAACGUCAAUACUAAGCCAUCUGCAAAUGCUCUCAAUUUGUACUGUUUAGCUCCGACUUGUAUACCUUUCACCAACUGGUCCCUUCUAAUCAUAUUCAGCAAAACCUCCAGGACCGAUAUAAAAAGCAAUGGGGAGAUUGGGCAACCUUGUCGUGUCCCUUUUUCUAUUUUAAAUUCUUCGGUCACCACAUUAUUUACAAUUAAUUUAGCCUUUUGUUCUGAAUAAAUUGCACUUAUACCGUUUUCAAAGCCUUGGCCUACUCCCAUCCCCUGUAGGUUCUUCUUCAUAAAGCUCCAGGAAAUAUUGUCAAAAGCUUUCUCCGCGUCCACAAAUAUCAAAACUGCCUUAGUAUUUAUGUUCACUUCUAAUUUUUCUAAGAUGUUGAUUAUGUUUCUCACAUUAUCCACAAGUGUCUACCCGGGAGAAAGCCUGCUUGGUCUUUAUGAAUCUCUUCCAUUAACACUUUUUUUAGUCUUUUAGCCAAAAUGUCUGCAAAGAUUUUAUAAUCCACAUUAAGCAAUGAGAUGAGGCGGUAGUUCUUAAGUUGCGUCUUUUCAGUCUCUGUUUUCGGUACAAGUGUAAUAUACGCUUCUUUCCACGACUCUGGUGCCCUUUUCCCACCCAUUAUUUCGUUACAGACUUCCUUCAAAGGUUGUACCAACCAUUCUUUUAAGGAUCUGUAAUAUUUAGAGGUCAGUCCAUCCGGUCCUGGAGAUUUACCUAGUUGCAUAUUCUGAAUGGCACCUUCUGUCUCCUAGAAUCAUAGAAUCAUAGAGUUGGAAGAGACCACAAGGGCCAUCGAGUCCAACCCCCUGCCAAGCAGGAAACACCAUCAGAGCACUCCUGACAUAUGGUUGUCAAGCCUCUGCUUAAAGACCUCCAAAGAAGGAGACUCCACCACACUCCUUGGCAGCAAAUUCCACUGUCGAACAGCUCUUACAGUCAGGAAGUUCUUCCUAAUGUUUAGGUGGAAUCUUCUUUCUUGUAGUUUGGAUCCAUUGCUCCGUGUCCGCUUCUCUGGAGCAGCAGAAAACAACCUUUCUCCCUCCUCUAUGUGACAUCCUUUUAUAUAUUUGAACAUGGCUAUCAUAUCACCCCUUAACCUCCUCUUCUCCAGGCUAAACAUGCCCAGCUCUCUUAGCCGUUCCUCAUAAGGCAUCGUUUCCAGGCCUUUGACCAUUUUGGUUGCCCUCCUCUGGACACGUUCCAGUUUGUCAAUGUCCUUCUUGAACUGUGGUGCCCAGAACUGGACACAGUACUCCAGGUGAGGUCUGACCAGAGCAGAAUACAGUGGCACUAUUACUUCCCUUGAUCUAGAUGCUAUACUCCUAUUGAUGCAGCCCAGAAUUGCAUUGGCUUUUUAGCUGCCGCGUCACACUGUUGGCUCAUGUCAAGUUUGUGGUCAACCAAGACUCCUAGAUCCUUUUCACAUGUACUGCUCUCAAGCCAGGUGUCCCCCAUCUUGUAUUUGUGCCUCUCAUUUUUUUGCCCAAGUGCAAUACUUUACAUUUCUCCCUGUUAAAAUUCAUCUUGUUUGUUUUGGCCCAGUUCUCUAAUCUGUCAAGGUCGUUUUGAAGUGUGAUCCUGUCCUCUGGGGUGUUAGCCACCCCUCCCAAUUUGGUGUCAUCUGCAAAUUUGAUCAGGAUGCCCUUGAGUCCAUCAUCCAAGUCGUUGAUAAAGAUGUUGAAUAAGACCGGGCCCAAGACAGAACCCUGUGGCACCCCACUAGUCACUCUUCUCCAGGAUGAAGAGGAACCAUUGAUGAGCACCCUUUGGGUUCGGUCAGUCAGCCAGUUACAAAUCCACUGAGUGGUAGCAUAGUCAAGACCACAUUUUACCAGCUUCUUUACAAGAAUAUCAUGAGGCACCUUGUCAAAUGCCUUGCUGAAAUCAAGGUAGGCUACAUCCACUGCGUUCCCUUCAUCUACCAGGCUUGUAAUUCUGUCAAAAAAACGAGAUCAGGUUAGUCUGACAUGACUUAUUUUUCAGAAAUCCAUGCUGACUAUUGGUGAUCACAGCAUUCCUUUCUAGGUGCUCACAUACUGUUUGCUUAAUGAUCUGCUCCAGAAUCUUCCCUGGUAUUGAUGUCAGACUGACUGGGCGGUAAUUAUUUGGGUCCUCUCUUUUCCCCUUUUUGAAAAUAGGGACAACAUUUGCCCUCCUCCAGUCUGCCGGGACUUCGCCUGUUCUCCAGGAAUUCUCAAAGAUGACUGCCAGUGGUUCUGAGAUCACAUCUGCCAGUUCUUUUAAUACUCUUGGAUGCAGUUCAUCUGGCCCUGGAGACUUGAAUACAUCUAAACUAGCCAAGUAUUCUUGUACUAUCUCCUUAGUUAUUCUGGGCUGUGUUUCCUUUGCUGAAUCAUUUGCUCCAAAUUCUUCAGGUCGGGCAUUGUUUUCUUUAUCGGAGAAGACUGAGGCAAAGAAGGCAUUGAGGAGUUCAGCUCUUUCUGUGUCCCCUGUUUGCAUUUCACCAUCUUCUCCUCUGAGUGACCCCACUGUUUCUUUGUUCUUCCUUUUGCUACGGACAUACCCAUAAAAGCCUUUUUGUUGCUUUUAACCUCUCUAGCAAGCCUGAGUUCAUUCUGUGCUUUAGCUUUUCUGACUUUGUGUCUACACGUGCUGGCUAUUUGUUUGAAUUCCUCUUUGGUGGUUUCCCCCUUUUCCAUUUUUGUACACAUCCUUUUUAAUCUUAACUCAGUUAAAAGUUCUUUAGAUAGCCACCCUGGCUUCUUUAGGCACCUUCCAUGUUUCUGUCUCAUUGGUAUUGCCUGACGUUGUGCUUUUAGUAUCUCCCUCUUAACAAACUCCCAGCCAUCAUGAACUCCCUUUCCUUUUAGUAUUACUGUCCAUGGGAUCUCACCCAGCACUUCCCUAAGUUUUAUGAAGUCAGCUUUCUUAAAGUCAAGAAAUUGAGUCCUAGUAUGCUUGGCUGCUCCUUUCCGCUGUAUAGUAAACUUCAGAAGAGCAUGAUCACUCGCGCCUUAUGAUCCUUCCACUUCUACCCCACUAACCAGGUCAUCAACAUUGGUUAGGACCAGAUCUAAAAUGGCUGUUCCUCUUGUUGCUUCUCCCACUUUCUGGACAAUGAAGUUGUCUGCAAGGCCAGUGAGGAAUCUGUUUGACCUUAUGCUCUUGGCUGAGUUUGACAUCCAACAAAUAUCCGGGUAAUUGAAGUCCCCCAUUACUACUAUCUCCCUUCCUUUUGCAUGCUUGGCCAUCUGUUCCAGGAAGGCAUCAUCUAUGUCCUCCGUUUGGCUUGGGGAUCCUGUUCUGUUAUUUUAUAAUUCAACAUUGAUUUACUUUCCUGAGAGAUUUUUUGUAAUCCAUUUGUUUUCAGAAAUCGAUCUAAAUCAAUUUCUUUCUGUGUUCCUUGUGUAUAUAAUUGUUUGAAGUACCUCUGGAAACAAUUUCUAAUCUCAGCUGGGUUCUGUAUAUUCCUUCCUUCCACUUCUAAAUUUGUAACUGUAUUUAAUUUUUGUCUUUUGUCCGUUCUUAACCUGAAACUGUUCUUAACCUGAAGCACCACUUUAGCUAAUGGGGCCUCCCGCUGCCACUGCGCCGCUGGAGCAUGAUUUCUGUUCUCAUCCUGAAGCAAAGUUCUUAGCCUGAGGUACUAUUUCUGGGUUAGCGGAGUCUGUAACCUGAAGCGCAUGUAACCUGAAGUGUAUGUAACCCGAGGUACCAUUGUAGUUCCUUGGAGUGAGGGAAAGAUGUGCUCCCCACAAACCAACUGGAAUGAAUGCCCAAGUAAAGCUGGUUAUAAUCUAAACUACGUGUAAGCUUUGUGCAGGCAAAGUAGGUCAUCUGUAGGCCAACAGGCAGUCCCAACAUCCCAACAUUGCCGGGACAUGUCUGCAGUACACAAACUCAGGCAACCUUAGACCCAAAGCCGCAGGGCUAAGCAGCACAAUGUGAGCUUAUAAAAAUUGAAGGAUGGGUGUUGCAUAAGCACUGGUGUCAUCCGUUUAUCAACCUGGUGGUCUUUCCGUGGGGCCUAUACAUCCCUUCACCCCCCGCUGUUCCCCCCUCAACAUGAAUCUUCUGGUUAUCCUUCCGCCUUCCUUGAAACGUACCUAGAUCUGUACUAAGCAGGAAGAACAGUGAUCUUCACCACUCCUUUCAGUUCUGAAUGGUUUCAGCACUCCAUUGGGCACCAAUUCCACUGUCCAUUAAUUGACACCCACACUGUGUGUUUGAAAGGCAGCCUGGGAAGUGUAGUUUAAGGGUGCUGGAAAUUGUGGUUCUGUGAAGCCAGCUCUCUUAGCAAACCCCAGAAGCCAUGGCUAUUUAGAGGGCUCUAAAUGUAUUCUGUGGGUGUAAUGUAUGUUAAUGGGCUUAUAAUAUUAUUAUUGCUGUUACAGGAUAAAGAAUAAUUGUUUUGUUCGUUAGACUUCAUCAUGAUGGCCCACUUGCUUCUUGUCCCCUGAGGUAGAACCAACAUUCUGGUACAGGUAUGGAUACCUGGCUUUCCUUUGCCUCCGGUCGCCUCACCUUUACUCGGAGGGCUGAGGGCUAGGGCACCAAAAUUUCCCAUCCCCACAAUGGCCUUUAGAAAUGAUUGCUCUGCUGAGACACCAGCAGAUUCUAUUUAUCAUUUUGCACAAGACCCUGGCAGCACACCAGUCCUUCCUGCUUCCUGCCAGUAAAUGACUCAUUUAGUGUUGGGCCAUUCAGUCCAGGAAGAAGUCUUAGAAAGAGUGGCUGAUAGGAUUAAUAUGUGCAAUUACAACUUUUUGGAGAAUUACAGCUUUGGGCUGUAAUGACAGCCAAGCCAACCUAAAUAAAUGGAAGCGCUUUAUGUAACUUACUGGAUCAGCUGAUUGGAAGCAGAAUGAAAGUCGUAAAAAAAAAUGGGGACACAAUUUUGAACUGCCGUAGACGGGCAUUCAGGUUUUAAGAAGUGCAUUAUGUUUCUAAUGAAUCUUUCCAGAUCUAGCAAGAGGGGGAGCAUUCAUAUCUAUUAUUUCCAUCUGAAAUCACUGUAAAACAUUGCAUAAGAAAAUGGAAGCAUGCACAAAUAUAUAAAAUUGCAGGGAAAGAAAAUAGGAAAACCAGACACAUAAAUAGAUAAAACCACUUUCUAGCUACUUUUGCCUCAUCUGAAACAGAAUGCUCAUUACAUUUUUGCAGGCGCAGGAGGAUUGUAGACUAGCUUGUAUGCUGUCUGUCUUUUGUUACUUGACACAAAACACAAUAAUAAUAUAUUUCUGGAGUUACCACAUCUUGUAGGCUUGGGAGCUCUUCUGGUACAGUAGCUGGAAUAGUGGAUGGAUCUGAGGUGGAAAGAUCUGGCCUUGGUUCCUCCACCUGAUUUGCCUUGCUUUGUUGUACUUCUGUGCCUCCUUUCAUUCAAAUGAAUCUCAAAGAGGUUUACAAACCAUAAAUAACAGUAAGUUAAUGAAACACAGUAUCACAAAUACUUAGCUAUGAAGUGUUCAGGGGUGAACACUUGCACCUGUUCCUAACUCAUAGAUAAUGGAUGAUAAAUCCAUUCCAUGAUAUUCCCUCUUAGGAUGCUAUUCUAUUUUUUUUUGGUACCUUGGAAAGCUCCGAGUUACCACAAUAACCUUCACCCCACUCUGGUAUUGGUGUUGUGGUUUUGGCUGCAGAUGCAUGAAUUGAAUCCAUUUUUUUAAAAAAAAAAUAGUAUUUAUUAAAGUUUCAAAAAAUACAAAAAAAUACAGAAUACAGAAAAAAUAAAAAAAAGAAAUAAGGUUUUUGAGAUAUAGCAAAAAAGUAAAAAAGUAAUAAUAAAAAAAGACAGCAUACAAAAUAAAACAGUUAAAAAUACGUUAAUUUUCCAUAACCUAUCUUCCUUACACUUAUUUCCCCGGACCUCCUCAUACCUCCCUUUUUUGUAUUCCAGUUCAAUUUGUUAGUUCAGCAAAUCCUUACCAUUAAGCUUUUACCCAUUUGUAAACCUUUUUUCAUAUCUCUUAAAGCAUUACAGCUGGAAACCACUUAGUUUCUAUCCAACAUUUUUCUAACAUUCAUUAAUUUUACAGUAUUUCUGUAAAUAGUCUUUAAAUUUCUUCCAGUCUUCUUUCACCAACUCUUCUCCCUGGUCUCGGAUUCUGCCAGUCAUUUCCGCCAAUUCCAUGUAGUCAAUCACCUUCAUCUGCCAUUCUUCCAGAGUGGGUAAAUCUUGUGUCUUCCAAUACUUUGCAAUGAGUAUUCUUGCUGCUGUUGUAGCGUACAUAAAAAAAGUUCUGUCCUUCUUUGGCACCAAUUGGCCGACAAUGCCCAGAAGAAAGGCCUCUGGUUUCUUCAGAAAGGUAUAUUUAAAUACCUUUUUUAUUUCAUUAUAAAUCAUCUCCCAGAAAGCCUUAAUCCUUGGGCACGUCCACCAAAGGUGAAAGAAUGUACCUUCAGUUUCUUUACAUUUCCAACAUUUAUUAUCGGGCAAAUGAUAGAUUUUUGCAAGCUUGACUGGGGUCAUGUACCACCUGUAUAUCAUUUUCAUAAUAUUCUCUCUUAAGGCAUUACAUGCCGUAAACUUCAUACCUGUGGUCCAUAACUGUUCCCAGUCAGCAAACAUAAUAUUAUGUCCAACAUCUUGUGCCCAUUUAAUCAUAGCAGAUUUCACCGUUUCAUCCUGAGUAUUCCAUUUCAACAGCAAGUUAUACAUUCUUGACAGAUUUUUAGUCUUGGGUUCUAACAGUUCUGUUUCUAAUUUUGAUUUUUCCACCUGGAAGCCAAUUUUCUUAUCCAAAUUAUAUGGCUCCAUUAUCUGAUAAUAAUGAAGCCAGUCUCUCACUUUAUUUUUUAGUUUCUCAAAACUCUGCAAUUUCAAUUUAUCUCCUUCUUGUUCCAAAAUUUCCCUCAUGAAUUGAAUCUAUAAGAAAGAAUGAUAUGGUAUGCACUGUGUAACAUAAAUGGGCCAUGCUGAGCAUUUGCUUUAGGAUCUAGCAAUGAUAAUAGGGACGUGGGUGGCACUGUGGGUAAACCACAGAGCCUAGGACUUGCCGAUCAGAAGGUCGGCGGUUCGAAUCCCCGUGAUGGGGUGAGCUGCUGUUGCUCAGUCCCUGCUCCUGCCAACCUAGCAGUUCAAAAGCAUGUCAAAGUGCAAGUAGAUAAAUAGGUACUGCUCCGGCGGGAAGGAAAACGACGUUUCCGUGCACUGCUCUGGUUUGCCAGAAGCGGCUUAGUCAUGUUGGCCACAUGUCCCGGAAGCUGUACGCCGGCUCCCUCAGCCAAUAAAGCGAGAUGAGUGCCACAACUCCAGAGUCGGCCACGACUGGACCUAAUAGUCAGGGGUCCAUUUAACCUUUAAAUAGUUGGAAAAAGCACCUUUACCUUUACCUUAAUGAUAAUAGGGGGGAAAACCUGUAGCCCCAGCCUCUACCCCUUUUUCUUCAACCACACUGGUUUAGCACUACUUUAUUCCCAUUUUUGGCCAUGCCACACCUUUUCUUUAAAUAAACAGAAGUAAUCUCAUACUGUAUAUAUUCUUGCAAAGAACACUGGUAAAAUGUGGGCUGGCUGAGAUAACUGUUAGGUGGAUUUGUAUCUGGUUGACUGACCAAACCCAAAGAGUACUCAUUAAUGGUUCCUCAUCUUCAUGGAAAAACAUGCCACAGGGUUCUGUCCUGGGCCCGUUGUUCAAUGUCUUUAUAAAUGACUUGGAAGAAGGGAUUGAGGUGAUGCUAAUCAAAUUUGCAGAUGACACUAAACUGGGAUGGGUAGCUAAUGCCACAGAAGACAGAAUUCAAGACGACCUUAAGAGAUUGGAGCACAGGGCCAAGACUAACAAAAUGAAUUUCAGUAGGGACACAUGUUAGUUUUGGCCCUGUGCUACCCCUCCCAGUUUGGUGUCAUCUGCAAAUUUGAUGCACCAACAUAAUAAGAUGGGGGAUGCCUAGGUUGCUAGAAGGACAUGCCAAAAGGAUUUAGGGUUCUUAGUAGACCACAAGCUUAAUAUGAGUCAACAGUAGUAUGCAGCAGCAAAAAAAGCUCAUAUUAUUCGAUCCUGCAUCAACAGAAGUCUAGUGUCCUGAUCAAGAGAAGUAGGACUCCUGAUCUAUUCUGCUUUGGUCAGACCACACCUGGAGUCCUGGGCACCACUAUUUAAGAAGGACAUUGACAAGCAGAAACGUGUGUAGAGGAGGGCAACCAAGGUGAUAAAGGGUCUGGAAGCCAAGUCUUAUGAGGAAUGGUUGAGGGAAUUGGGUAUGUUUAAACUGGGUAAGAGGAGACUGAGAGGAGAUAUGAUAGCCAUACAGUGGUACCUCGGGUUACAAACACUUCGGGUUACAGACUCCGGAAGUAGUACCUCGGGUUAAGAACUUUACCUCAGGAUGUGAACAGAAAUCACGCGGCGGCAGCGGGAGGCCCCAUUAGCGAAAGUGGUACCUCAGGUUAAGAAUGGUUUCAGGUUGAGAACGGAACUCUGGAACGAAUUAAGUUUGUAACCAGAGGUACCACUGUAUUCAAAUAUCUAAAAGGCUGUCACAUGGAAGAUGGAACAAGCUUGUUAUCUCCUGCUCUGGAGGCUUGGACCUGAACCAAUACUUCAGUUAUCAGGAAGAACUUUUCUGACAAUAAGAGCUGUUUGACAGUGGAAUGGUCUCCCUUGGGAGAUGAUGGACACUCCUUCCUUGUUGUUGUUGUUUUUAAAAUGAUAUUUAUUCCAAGUUUAAAAUUAC